UAUUAUUAUUAUUUACAUUUAUUUAUAUAUCCCAGAUGCUGAUCUUCAUACUGAUGCAGCCGUGUGUGUUUUGUUUCAGCAGCUCUUCAGAGGCAGGAAUCACAUCACCUGGAGACACCUUGACCACCUGGACAAAUGGACCAAUCAGAAAGCUCAACGCUUUCACACUGAAGCGAAUCUGGGCUUUAAAAACUUUAUGCUCCUCGGCGCAGAAAGGAAUCGGUCCUCUGCUUCUCCUCCAUCAACAGAAAAAAAUCACACUGAAAGUGGGAACAAUGCUGCAUUUAGUUGUUAUGACGUUCUGCAUGAGUGAAGUGCUGUCGGCCCCGAGUCGAGACCCACAGCUGGAUCAGCACUGGGAGCUGUGGAUGAACCGGUACAAUAAAACCUACCACCAGACAGAGGAGGGCUGGAGGCGGAUGGUGUGGGAGAAGAACCUGAAGAAGAUCGAGCUGCACAACCUGGAGCACUCCAUGGGGAAACACUCCUACCGGCAGGGCAUGAACCACUUCGCAGACAUGACUAAGGAGGAGUUCAGGCAGAUUAUGCAGGGCUACAAACCGAAAGCAGAGCUGAAGGUUGGGACCCUUUUCAAGAAGCCCAGCUUCCUGAACGUCCCUGAGUCUUUGGACUGGAGGACAGAAGGAUAUGUAACGCCCGUCAAGAACCAGGCCCGUUGUGCUUCCUGUUGGGCCUUCAGCGCCACUGGCUGUCUAGAGGGCCAGCUGUUCAGGGCGACUCGCAGACUGGUUUCGCUGAGCGAACAGAACCUGAUGGACUGUUCUAGAUAUCUGGGCAACAAGGGCUGUGACGGUGGUUUGGCUAAGAGGGCGUUUCAGUAUGUUCAUGAAAACGGUGGUCUGGACUCUGAGGAAUCGUACCCAUACCAGGCAAAGGACAACCUGCAAUGCUUCUACAAUGCGUCCUACAACGCCAUCAUCGUCGACGGCUACGCGUCCAUUCCCAGUGGCAGUGAGGAAGACCUGAUGGAGGCUGUGGCCACCAUGGGGCCCAUUUCUGUUGCUAUAGAUGCCAGUCAUGAUUCCUUCCAGUUUUACCAGUCAGGCGUCUACUAUGAAGAGAACUGCAGCUCUGAGCAGCUGAACCAUGGCGUCCUCCUGGUGGGUUACAGCUAUUCUGAUCAGGAUUACUGGAUCGUGAAGAACAGCUGGAGUGAAAACUGGGGCAACAACGGCUACAUCCACAUGGCUAAAGACAGGAAUAACAACUGUGGCAUUGCAACAGAUGCCAGUUUUCCUGUUAUCCUCUAAGCAAUAUUUCCUUGUACUCCUGAGGGCCAAAGAACCAGAAUAAAGUCUCAAAGUUGUGCUUUUUUAUUAACAGGAGAUUGUGCAAUGAUUUAUGUAAACAUGCUCAUGUAUAUGUAGCCCAUAAGCUGCAUAGUUAUGCUGCUUCAUGACUUACUAACACUUGCUGGUUUUAUGAUCAUUUUCAGCUUUUGCAGUAAUCAAUAAAAUAUCUGAACCCCUUGU